AUGGCCGAACCAAGCGCAAACAUCAUUCAAGUCGAUGAGGAAAUCCCCGCUAGUGAUUUCGAGGAUGAGGGUGCCGAGGUUGGAAGCAUAAACACUUCCCUGACUUCGGUCAGCGAGACCAUUAUUAAGGGCGUUAUCGGCGAGGGUCAGCGCACCUAUGCGGCCUACGGAAAAGAAGAGUAUGGCUUCCCCAUGGACGACAAGGAACUCGACCGGAUCGAUCUCUGCCACAUCAAAUACUCUGCUCUUCUGGACAAGCGCCUGUUCCUGGCCCCCGUCAGCGAGGAACCCCAGAGGAUAUUAGAUCUCGGCUGCGGCACCGGCAUUUGGUGCAUAGAUGUGGCCGAGGAGUACCCCAAUUCCGAAGUCGUUGGUGUAGAUAUUGCGCCCACCCAGCCAGAGUGGGUACCUCCCAACUGCCGUUUCGAGCUCGACGAUAUUGAGCAAGAGUGGACCUGGAAGGAUAGCUCGACCGACCUCAUCUUUUGCCGUGACCCCAUCUGCUCCAUCCGAAACUUUCCCCGCCUCAUGGACCAGAUCUACAAAAACCUCAAGCCUGGUGGCUGGGCCGAGUUCCAUUGCGUGACGGGCGUGCUACAGUGCGAUGAUGGAUCCGUGCCCAAGGAUUCCCACUUACAGGCCAUGUCGGACAACCUGGGCAUCUCUUGCGCCAAGUUUGGUACCCCCGUCGAUGACCCCAUGCGGUGGAAGGGCUGGUUCCAGGAUGCCGGCUUCCAGAACGUGACGGAGAACGUCUUCAAGUUGCCCUGCGGACCCUGGCCUCGCGACAAGCGCCUCAAGCUCAUUGGAGCCUGGGAGCAGCACAACCUUCUCCACAACCUUGAGGGCAUGACCAUGCGCCUGUUCCAGAAGGGACUGGGCUGGACUGAGGACGAGAUCCUCGUCUUUUCCGCGUUGCUGAGGAAGGAUAUCAAGAACUUGAACCUUCAUGCUUACUGGCCCUUCUACGUCGUAUAUGCUCAGAAGCCUUACGGCCCCGGAGGUGACCCAGCUGCCGAGUCCGCGCCGGAACCCGCAGCAGCGCCACCUGCCGCGGAUGCGAACUAA